AUGUAUAAAGUCAGCUAUGCUGUCGAGGGGGUUCGACCCAGUAUGGAACCCCUCGACCCAGUAUGGAACCCCUCGGCCCAGUAUGGAACCCCUCGGCCCAGUAUGGAACCCCUCUACACAGAAUGGAACCCCUCUUCCCAGUAUGGAACCCCUCAACACAGAAUGGAACCCCUCGGCCCAGUAUGGAACCCCUCUACACAGAAUGGAACCCCUCUUCCCAGUAUGGAACCCCUCUUCCCAGUAUGGAACCCCUCUACCCAGUAUGGAACCCACUACCCAGUAUGGAACCCUCGACCCAGUAUGGAACCCCUCGACCCAGUAUGGAAACCUCUACCCAGUGUGGAACCCCUCUACCUAGAGUGGACCCCCUCGAUCCAGUAUGGAUCACCUGGACCCAGUAUAGAACCCCUCUACCCAGUAUGGAACUCCUGGAACAAGUAUGGAACCACUCGACCCGGAAUGGAAGCCCUUGAUCCAGUAUGGAACCCCUCUACCCAGUAUGGAACUCCUGGAACAAGUAUGGAACUCUUCUACCCAGUAUGGAAGCCCUGGACCCAUUAUGAUUCCACUCGACCUAGUGUGGAACCCCUCGACCCAUGUGGAACCACUCUACCCAGAGUGGAACCCCUCGAUCCAGUAUGGAACCCCUCGACCCGGAAUGGAACCCCUUGA